AGAUGCUGGUGCCCGGCCGACCCUAGAUUUAUUUCACCAAUUUUUCAAAGUAGCCCCCCAACAAACACAUGGCUAUUUGGCUACUAGUGCCCGAACGGGACAUAUCCUGUUUAAGGGAAUUCUGACUUCAAUCAAGGGGUGGAAAGAUCGGUUCUUCUUUGUGUCUGUCCCGGACGGCCUGAUCCCCCGUAAAUGGAAUGCCUUCCCUCGCAAAUCUCCCGAUCCAGUCCUUACUGAGGAAAUCUACAAGGAUGUGUUCGCUAUGGAGAAGGACAAAUGUGUAGAUAUCAUGAGUUACUUGACUCCCGAUCGGCUUAUCGAAGCCGGGAUAGGUAAUGCCCGUUCUCUUGGGUUUACUUGUUAUGAGAAACCAAGUGCCAUGGUCCGGGCAGUCCUUCCCGUGCGAGAAACGUUCUCUUCUUUUUUGUUUCCCACGUGACAAGGCUGCUCGGUACUAACAUUUUCCUUUGUUAUUUUCUAGCUCCCAAUCCAGACACACCUAUGGACAAUAGCCGAGUUCUUGCAGCUAGUGGGGUCGGGAAACGGAAGAAGGCAAGGAAAAAUCCUCAACCCAAUCCUUCCACCACCAUUGCUCAGGAUGUCGGGUCUUCUCAACCCGUUCAGGAGCCCCAACCAAUUCAACAGGUCCCUCAUCAGGACCAAUUUGAUACCAUGCUGAUCGAUGAUCGGUUCGGAUCUGAUCAGCUGCAUCAAUUCCCUGAGCGUUUCCAGGCUACUCAGGAGACUAAUAUGACUGCAGGUGAGACCAACAAUGUCCAUCUUACUACACAGGUCGAACGGAUCUCUCUGAUGGAUCCAGUUCACGACAUGUUGGAGAAAGCUGGUUCUCCUGCAAGCCAGAUUUGGUCCACCUCUUCAUGGUUCAACAACUUCGCCGCCCCUAAGAUGUCGGUCGAGCAAUCCGAAGAAUGCUUGGCUUUGGCAGCUCUGAAGGUUGGGCUCUACAGUUUGCAGCUGAAAGAGGCUCGACUGGCUAAAGAGCGGGACCUGAUCGUUGCUCAGACUUCUGCGGAGCAGAAUGCGGCUGCUGCCUUUGCCGCUUUGGAGACCGAACAGAAGGCCUCAGUGGAGGAGAGGAGACGCCUUGAGUCAGAGCUUGGUGAGCUCAGGGUUCAGCUCGGAGCCUUCCAAGCCAAAGUUCACGUUGCUGAAGCUGCUUUGGUGAAGUUCGAAGAGAGCGCUCCCUGUAUCCCGGACGGCCCUGCUGAGGUAAAGGUUGAUCUGUCCGUCGUCCGGGAAGCAUUCAAAGGGUCUGAGGAGUAUGCUGCCCUGAAGAAAGAUUAUGCGCAGCAGGAACUCUCGGCCACCUUCGGUGCUUAUCUCGAUCGAUUCGCCACGGGUGAUGCCCGCCGCAGUGAGGGGGUUAAACUGCUCGAAUAUGAUCCAAGGGGCAAAAAAUUCAAUGACUCCCUGGCCCGAUCUCUUUACGUCAUGGGCUGCCAGCAUAUCCUGGCCCCUUUGUUGCU